GCUUUCCAAAAUGAUUCCUCAAUUACUCAGUUUACUAAUCCAAAUGAAGAUUGAAAAAAACGUGGCUAGUUGUACUAAUUUGAAAAAUUCUAAGUGAUCAUUAAUUAAUUUACUCGCCUUUUUAUCUUUCUUUUUUUUUUUAAAAAUAAAAAAAUCAUUAUUACGUACUGUAUUACUGUUCUUUUUCUUCACCUUUUCUUUUUCCCCUCCACCUGAGUUUGACUUCGGCCAGUUGGGGAAAGGAAGGGCAAACGAGCUUCUGUCGCGGGGGGGCUGGAUUCCUGAAAUGACGAGACUGCCACUUAACUUUCCGGCGACCAACCUCACCUCCGCCGUCGCCGGGGGUACAGGACUUUCCAAGGAUUGGUGGGACCGGAUCAACGAGUCUGCUGAAUGGCAGGAUGGGAUCUUUUACAGUCUUUGUGCUGCUUAUGCGCUCGUUUCUUCAGUUGCCCUUGUAAUAAUUCCUUUCCUUUUCUUUUUUUAUUUUGAUUUUCUGGAUUUUAGUUUGUGACUUCGAUGAUUAUGAGUUAAUUUUUAGUAAUCUUGAAACCUUGUAUUUGUUUUAGCUCGGAUGUUGCAUUCCAACGCAAACUUUGGGUGUUGGAAUUAUCCCUGCCAUAAAAUAAUUUAUUCUUUCUAGCUUAAUUUAAGCUACAACGGGUCAAUUUUCUCUGGGAUUUUCGUUUUCUGAGUUAAAGAUCACUUUUUUAUGCUUAGCUCAAGUCUUCUGUUCUGGAAAGUGAUUUUACGUGAUUAAUUGUACCUGUAGAAGUUUCCUUGUUAUUGAAGUAUGAUGUGGUAGAAGUGUCUUUCCGUCAAUAGCUUUACUUGUUUCCUUUUAAUGCCUUCCUUGGUGCUUUGAUCAGACAGUUAAGAAUCAAUCAUCUACACUCUCUGGUCCAAGUCAUAUAAGGCACUAAAGUGUGAAAUUUGUGCCGUAUUAUUAAAACUGGAGGGAAUACAUGUUUAGGUUGUUAAUCAAGGUUCAUUAUCGUUUUUUAUGGUAUAGCUAUAUCAAAAUCAUGAAGCAAACCAGUGUGUUACCGAUGUUCAGAUGUGACAGUUAAAUUAUCCGUUAAGUUUAAAUAUCUGUUGAAUAAUUUCUUAAAUUUCUAUGGAUAACUUUGUUAUUUAUCUUAAUUUCCUCCUAUUUGAAUGAUUGACAUUGCUACUAACACAUGUUCUUUUCUUUUUGGAAAAGCCCGAAUGUACAGUUAUUGUUUUACUGAUGGUGAAUGCUGUUUGUUUGUUUCCUUUAUGUAUGUCUUUCUUCUUCUUCUUUUUUUUUUUAUUUUUUUAUUUAGCAAAGUAAGUGAUCCUUGUGACGUUUGGCAAUUCAGGUGAUUACUGGGAUUAGUUAGUUCAGACCCCUUUACUUUUAUUGUUGUUUUUUUUGACUUUUCAAUGUACAUUCGCAGAUUCAACUAAUAAGGAUAGAACUUAGAGUUCCAGAAUAUGGUUGGACCACACAAAAGGUCUUCCAUCUCAUGAACUUUAUUGUAAAUGGAGUACGGGCUGUUGUAUUUGGAUUCCAUACACACAUUUUUCUUUUGCAUCCCAAGGUGCUGACUUUCACAUUGUUGGAUCUUCCCGGGUUACUCUUUUUCUCAACUUAUACCCUUCUCGUGCUAUUUUGGGCUGAGAUAUAUCACCAAGCUAGAAGUCUGCCAACUGAUAAACUCCGAAUAUAUUAUAUAGCAAUCAACUGUGCCAUAUAUUUCUUCCAGGUUUGCAUCUGGGUUGACCUGUGGGUUCAUGAUAAUAGUGUUUUUGAGUUCAUUGGGAAGAUAUUUAUUGCUGUGGUAUCAUUUAUUGCAGCCUUAGGUUUCCUAUUCUAUGGAGGAAGGUUAUUUUUCAUGCUAAGACGGUUUCCUAUUGAAUCGAAAGGGAGGCGAAAGAAGCUACAUGAGGUUGGAUCUGUAACAGCGAUAUGUUUCAGUUGUUUCCUUAUUAGGUGCUUUGUGGUUGUGCUAUCGGCUUUUGAUGCGGAUGCUUCGCUGGACGUGCUUGAUCAUCCUCUUUUAAACCUGAUAUACUACAUGCUGGUUGAGAUUCUUCCUUCAGCUCUUGUGCUCUACAUUCUUCGCAAGCUACCACCUAAAAGAGUAUCAGCACAAUAUCACCCUAUCCGUUAGCCAAUUUGACUUUACAUGGCUGAUGAUCUUCCUCAUAUCACCUUGCUGUGGCUGGAAAGUAGGCUAAGUAAGCUAUAUAAGAGCUGAAGGAGCGUAGCUGAGCGGGAAAAAGAAUUGUGGCAAGUUAGCAGCGUGCAAUGCCAAACUGAUUUCAACCAAUUCUUUUUUUGCAUGAUUGGAGUUGGAGGAGUAUUGUGAAAAAUGACCACUUGUUUGUUAUUUGGAGUUAUUAAUUUGUUCUUUUGAUUUGAGUUAAAAAAAAUAGGUAAAUCGUAGCAUGUAAUUUAUUUUUCGUUUCAUAUUUUUUUGUGGUUUCCACGUGAGAAUGAUCUGCUGUUGUUUCUCUAUAUUGGUGUAACAACCCAAGAUUUAUAUGAGGAUAAUUUAAGUGAGCUUGUGUUUUCA